CUCUGGUGCUGAACUAUUUCACGAUUUAACUCAAAAAUGGUGUACAUGGAAAGAUGCUGCAAGUUCAAAAACACCAAAGAUGGAUCUAUGGCUUGCGCUGUCUUUUUCAUGCUUAUGUGUUUAGCGUAUACAAGUUUAUACGGUUACAUAUUGAGUGACGAAGAAGUGUUGAUUUCGGCAGCUGAAAUGAUUAAGAUUGGGGAAGAUUCUGCAAAGAAUAUGUUCAUAUGCCAUUUGACAGAAACAGUAAUUUUGUUCUUGUGCAGUCUUUUGCUUGCAUGUGGAGUGAAAAAUAAUCAACGCCGCCAUUUUUUACCUUGGAUGUGCUGCGUGUGUCUGGAAUGUUUGUGUUUAUUUGCAUUCCUCAUUUUCAUGAUCUACACAAUUUUAACUGCAGGAUUUGAUGCGGUAUUAUUACUUAUUGCUAUGAUUGUGUUUUCUGUAUUUAUAUUUGAGAUAUACAUGCUGAUGUGUGUUUCGUCACAAUACCAAUUGCUAGCCGAUAGAUCAUCACCUGCUAAUUAUACAACUGGCAGAAGCAAUGCCUACGAAAUGGAUUCUCGUUUUCAAAUGCCUAAUGAAGUCUUUACGUAUUAAACGUCUCUUCUGUUACAAUACACAAAUUUAAGUCUGUAGAAUUUUCUGCAACUACAAUUGGCUAGUAAGAAUU